ACCUGCUUGUCUCGGGUAAGAUGGCGACCUCACAGAAGUUAACAGAACACUUUCUGACAUGCACGAUAUGUACAGAGGUGUUUGACAAGCCCUGUACACUUGUAUGUAAUCACGCCUUCUGUCGGAAAUGUGUCGUCAACUACACCAAAACCAGAUCAGAAGCCAUCAGUGCCAAGUCUCUCCUGUGUCCAUUCUGCAGCAAGAUGACGAAAGUGUCUGCCCCUGAGAGACCAGUGGAGGAGUGGGCAGAUGACGUCAAGCCUAGCUUUGUCAUCCAGGGACUCUUGGACUCGUUUGGCCCCGGAUAUAAAGAUACGACUCACUGCAGUUAUUGCAAGGAGGAAGGGGAGACAACUCCAGCUACAUCUUGGUGCUCUGUUUGUGACGAUGCACUCUGUGAACUAUGUAUUCGAGUACACAGACGAAUUCCAUCUUCCCGACACCAUGACGUAGUUGAUAUGUCUAGAGAGACAAAGGUUAGGGUCAAGAGAAAGGUCAUGUGUAAAGUUCACAAAGAUGAAAAUAUCAAAUAUAUUUGUAAAGAUUGUAAAACAGCAGUUUGUCAGACAUGCUGCACAAUCCAUCACAAGAAAUGUGACCUGGUUGUUGAAAUUGAGUCAGAGAUUCCUGCAAUGAAAACCGAGUUAAGAAGGAAUAAAGAGGAUUUGUUGAAGAAACAAGACGAGAUGAAAACACAUAUUGGUAAACAAAACUCCAAAGUCUAUGAAGCAUUAACACUUUACUUACAAAUAGAAUCGAAUAUCAAGUCUGCAAGUCUCGAAGCAAUAGAGAUGAUCAAAGUCAAGGAACGGAAACUUUUGGCUGAACUGAAAGAAAUGUCUGACAAACACAUUGGAGAACUGAAGGCAGACAUAAAGUCAGGUGAGAUGUCAGUACAGGUGUACCAACAACAGGCAGAGCUGAUAGACCAGACUCUACAAUCUGAGUGUGACAUGGGUGUGUAUGAGAUGUACCAGGGAUGUGAGGCCGGUGAUGUGGAGGCUGUCGGAGUCGCAGACGUGAAGGAGAAGGGAAGAAUAGCCAGGAUCAUGUUCAGACAGGACACGGACAAGCUGAGUAGAGCACUGGACGAUCUACAGCUGGGUGAGAUAGACGUCCUGUAUGGGUGUGUGCUGGACCUGAAGGCUACUCCUGUGUUACAGGACACCAUUAACAUCAGAGUAGCAGGAGAUACAUCUGGGGCAUACUCCAAUGACGUGACGGUGUUAGCGGUGACUGGUACAGACACAGUGGUAGUCACAGACUACUUGAACAACAGUGUGAAGUCCUUCUACAACAGGAACAAGCAGCCAUGUCACAGCAGGCUCAGUGUGGGUUGUCGUCCGUGGGCUAUAACAAAGUUAAAGGACAACCAGGUGGUUGUCACUCUGCCAGAUAACAGACGGAUUGUAACAGUACAAGUCAAUCCUGACCUGGUGCUGCUGUCAACCAUCACAACCAGCAAAGAGUACUGGGGUAUAACGUCUCUGACACCAUCAACACUAGCAGCAGGUUCCAACUCCCCUCCCUGUGUUGAUAUCCUGGAUAUGGCGGGACACGUGCUGAGGUCAAUUUGUCCAGGCAAACCUAGUAGAUACAUCUUGAAGUAUCCCUACUUCCUCUGUACCACGAGGACAGGAAACAUCCUGGUGUGUGACAGUGGAUCCAAGUAUGUCGUGUGUCUGACUCCCGAGGGAGAUGAGGUGUUCACCUACCGCCCUACAGGAGACGCAUACCCGUAUCCACAUGGUAUCACAAGUACCAGCACAGGCGACAUCCUGGUGACAGACUACCAUCUGCACAGAGUCCUCCAUCUGACUGAGUCAGGACAGUUUGUUAGAAACAUACUGACAAUGCUGGAUGGUGUCCAGAAUCCACAUGGAGUGUGUGUUUGUGGGCGUGGUCGUGUGUACGCGUGUACACUAGAUUCGGUGAAGGUAUUUACAUGUGAGUGAACAUGUCACAAUUCUCCUUUCAAUAAACUAUAGUCACGUUUUUGUUGGGUGAUUUAAGUGUAGUGAUAUGUGUCAUUGUGUAUUUACCUGUAAGCACAUUUCACCGUAUUUGGUAAAAUCACAUUCUACGUUUGUGUUGAAGCUCUCAUCUUAGCCUUACUAUUUGAAUGUGAUGAAUGAAGAUUUAACUUGUGUACACAUUCUCCGUGUACUGCUCCUACUGAGAUCUAUUCUGAGCAUUGUCUAACAUAAUAUAUUAUGAACUUCGAAUUAAAGUGGAUCAAUUAUUUCCGAAUACUAGAUCAUCCGUAUGA